AUGGCGAAAGAAAAGAAUGAAGAACAAGAAGGGGAAUUGGAUUUGGGAGAUUUUACUUAUGAAUAUUUAAAAAUAUACAUUUCUCCCCAAGUAGAUGAACGAAGUCCUGGCACUUUUGAUAAAGGGUAUAUUAAUUAUUAUUAUCCUACUAAAGAAGCAAGAGAAAAAGUAACUAAAUUGGAUAUUAAAGAUAAAAAUCUCGAAAGCAAUCUUGACCUCUCCGAUUUUAUCAAUUUGAAAGAAUUAAAUUGCUUACAGGUUUAUUACCUCGACCCAGCUGAGUUUACCGCGUUGUUUAACUUGGAUAACUUAAUUAGAGUAUUGGCUCAUGAGUUAGGACAUACUAUUUUAACUGAUACUCAACCAGAGACCCAAGAGAUUAAUGGCGGACAUGGUAAAGCACAUGAUAAGAUUACUGAGAAACUUAUUAAACUUAUUGAGAAGUCUGAGGAGAUUAAGGAGUUGAAAAAUGCUGGCUUGCGAGCGAGUGAUUCCGAAUAUGCCUAUUGGCUAAGGGAUAUUAAAGAAUUAAGGAAAGAAUAUCGAAAUUAUCUUGCUCAGCGAGAUACCAGUGAUAAAGAGUUUAGGAAGCCAGAAGCAAGUUUGUAUCGGAAUAUCCUUUUAAUUGGGAGAACUGGUAAUGGCAAGUCCACGUUGGCUAAUGUGCUGGUUAAUAAAGAGGGCGAAUUUGAAGAAGUUUUUAAAGAAGGCCAUGGCAGUGCCAGCGAAACCAGAAAAAUAAGUGAUAAAUUGUUUGAAAUAAACGGAAUAAAGUAUCGAAUAAUUGACACGCCAGGUCUAGGCGAUACUCGUUUAUCAAAAAUUGAAACUCUCCAAGAGAUAGCCAAAGUAUAUGAUAAAGUUAAAGAUGGAUUAAAUCAAAUUUUUUUUGUAAAUAACGGAAAAUUUACUCCCGAGGAAGUAGAGACUUAUAAUACAUUAAAAGAAAUACUUUUUGAUGAAAACAUUACUAAAUAUACUUCUAUUGUGCGAACUAAUUUUGCGGAAUUUGAGAAUGAAGAAGAAUGUAAGAAAGAUAUUCAAUCAUUACUGGUGGAAAAUAAUAAAGCAAUUACUGAAAUGAUUGAGUCAUGUAAUAAAAUCAUUCAUGUUGAUAAUCCACCGCUAAAAGGUCGCUAUAAAAAAAUAUCUAAAGAUUCGCGUGAGAAAGAUAUAAAGCUUUUGGAUUAUGUCAGGAAUGUAAUCAAACUAAUACCUGAUAUCGGUGGUGUAAAGCGUGUAGUGCCCGCCAUUUUGCUCAGGACUUUAAAAAUUGAAGUGGCGCCUCCGGGGGCUUUGGCAAAGUUUACAAAUUUAAAUGACUCCCAAGAUAUCACCGCGGAUUUUUUGCAGGAGGUAGCCUAUUAUAAACUCUUCAAAGAUGAUUAUGACGGAGUAGUCAAAUGUUUUGGUAUUUCCCAAGAUCCGGCCACGAAGGAGUACAUUAUGGUGAUGGACUAUAUAAAAAAUGGUGAUUUACGAAAAUAUUUAACUAAAUAUUACCAAAAACUCGAUUUUUAUAAUAAAUUGGGACAAUUAUUUCACCUAACCAAGGGGUUAAAUAAUAUUCAUCGGCAAGGUUUAAUUCACCGGGAUUUUCAUCCGGGUAAUAUCUUAAUUUCCAAUAGUGAUGUCUGCUUGAUUACUGAUUUAGGCUUAUGUCGGCCAGUUAAUGAAACUAAUAAAGAGGAAAAAAUCUACGGUGUGCUACCUUACGUCGCUCCGGAAGUAUUGCAAGGUAAAAUUUAUACCCAAGCGGCGGAUAUUUAUUCGUUAGGCAUCGUGGCUUAUGAGCUAUUUUCGGGUCGUCCUCCCUAUCACGAACUUACUUAUGACCACCAGUUAGCUUAUAAAAUAUGUCAAGGACUUCGUCCUAACUUUACUAAUAUCCGAGGGAAAAAGGAUACUGAAUUUUAUCGCCAAUAUCUUGAAACCGAAGAACUUAACCAAACCUUAAUUUCCACCACCGAUAAGAUAUCCCUGGACUAUCAAGCUCACCCGCAAACUUAUACUAGUCGGCUGCUGGAGACUGAUAAUCUGCCUGAACCUCAGAAUUCCCAAGAAAUUAAUGAGAAAUUUUAUGAAUUAUACUCGUCAUCUCUACCCUAUGACUUUGCUAAUCUCGACUUGGAAGAAAGUAUUGAGGAUUGGAGUUCACUUCAUCCGGAGUUUAAUAAUUCGCUCUUCAAAGACCUUUGA